UUUUCAAUUUUAUGUUCAAGGUUGAUCGGUUGUUGUUGACUAUAAACAAGAAGGUGUGAGGUUUAACAUAUUUUACUUCGGCGUGCUUCGGCAUUAUAAAUUUUGUUGUACGCAAAACAUGGUCAGUAUACAUUUGCGUUGCUUCUACUGCAUAUCAGAUAAUGAACAACGAUCAAGAAUACCUGUUGGAAGAUGAUCAUGCUAAGCUAGAGGCUGAUGAUAAUUUUAAUUGCCACUAUGUUAAUGGCGACGGGAAGCAUGAAGCGGAAAUAAGAGAACAGCGUAUUUUAUCGGUGGACGAUAUAAUUAAUGAAAUUGGGUCAUGUGGUCGUUAUCAAGUUUUGCUUGGAAUUUUGGUUUGUCUUAUAAAUGUUCCUAUCACUUAUCAAAUAUUGAUAAUGUACUUUACUGGACACAGCCCAAACUGGAAAUGUAAAAAUGGCACAAAUCAUUUUUGCAACAUAAGCGGAGAAGUUUCACCCGCUGAAACUGGCAGAUUUAAUUCACGAUGCUCAAUGCCAAGAAGUAGCUGGGAAUAUGUUGUUCAAAAAGAUUUUUCAUUUGUGACAGAGUUUGAUCUUGUCUGUGAUGGUAAUCCAAUGGCUGCAUUUGCAAACUCUGCUUUAUACUUGGGCUGGGGACUGGGAUGCAUUCCUCUUGGCAUUGCAGCUGAUUAUUUUGGGCGUAAACCAAUAGCACUUGUCUCAUACAUCCUGGUGUUGCUUGCUGUUUUCACAAGUGCAUUUGUCACAAGUGUCUGGCAGUUCAUUCUUCUUAGAGGUAUAACUGGCUUUGGCAUCACUGGUGUAGGCAUUUCAGCAUUUGUACUUGCAUCAGAAAUGGUUGGCAGAAAGCACAGAUCAAUUAUGGGGAAUUGCAUUUUUAUUGUUGGAACAGGUGCAUUGUUACUUCUGACUUUGCAAGCAUAUUACAUCAGAAAAUGGAGAAAGCUUUCAAUCAUUUGCUCAGCCCCAUACCUACCAUCGGCUAUCAUGUGGUAUUGGAUUUAUGAGUCUCCAAGAUGGCUAAGUAGCCAAGGACAGCUGGCUAAGUCACUGAAUGUUCUAAAAGGCAUUGCAAGAAUCAACCGUCAUCCAUUUCCUAAUGCAUGUAUAGAGCAGAGCAGCAAUGUCAAAAAAGCACAGGGCACAUUGGUCCAUCUCUUCCGACCUAGAAGAAGACUUUUCAUAACCAUGCCUCUUUCUUUUGGAUGGAUGAUUGUGGCAAUGACCUUUUAUGGAAUAUCAUUGUCAUCUGGUGACCUAACUGGAAAUAUGUACAGGGAUUUUGCAUUGAUGAGUUUGACUGAAUGCCCAGCUACCUUUUUAGCUGUUAUAUUUCUUGAAAGAUUGGGUCGGAAGAAAACAGCUGUUGGUUCUAUGGUGGCUGCUGGAUUAUUCUGUGGUAGCAUUGCAUUGUUUCCAGAAAAAAUUUAUCCAACUUUACGGAUCAUUGGUGGGAUGGUUGGAAAAAUGUUUAAUGUUAUGGCUUUUUCUGCCUAUUAUAUUUGGACAACCGAAUUAUACCCAACAACUAUCAGGACACAAGGUAUGAGCUUUGCAUCUUUUUUCGCUCGAGUUGGAUGCACAACGUCUCCGUUCAUAAGCGAUGUGCUCAAGUUGGUCACUCCAAGUCUCCCAUUUGUGAUCAUGGGCGUGUUAUCGAUUUUCGCUGGAAUGCUUUGCUUGUCUCUGCCAGAAACGCUUGGAAAAUCAAUAAUGGAAUCGCUGGAAGAAUACAAACUUAAUCCCUUAGCAGCCAUAAAUAUUGAUGAGGCCAAGGAUCAUGUGAUGAAUCAACGGAUAACACGUGAUUCUUGUGAAGGUGAAGAAGAAGACGAUGCGUUUUGCGAAAAAGAUGCUCUCAUCUCAUGAUUCUAUGUCUGCAGCAAAUGCUCUAUCAUGUCAAGCUGUAUGCCAAAGCCAUUUUACGAAGUAUAACAAAUAAUCCAUUUCUUACAAUUUUGAAAUUUUGCUUUGCACUGUGGCUCAUUUUUGAAGCCACUGAUACACACACAAUAAGAUGCACUCCACGUAAUUUCAAUUCAAGAAUCUUUGAUUGGAAAAAACGCAGUUAAAACGAAAAUUUGUUGCUCAAUUUUUAUGUAAAAUCUUUAUUUGGUACCUGCAGCUACGCAUAUGUAAUACAUGUUUUAAUUAAUCACAUUUCCUAGUGAAUCUAUAGUAAAAUUAACCAUUCGCUUAAAAUAACUUUGUCCGACCUUUGCCAGUUUCAACUAGCUUUUAGCUCAAUCAGCUCACUCUUAUUGAAGCAACCCGCUAGCAUCCCCAUAGCCUUUAGCUGCCCAAGAAUUCCCAGCUCAUGCAUUGCUGU